CUAGGAAUAUACCACCACCAGGUUGCAAAGAUACAGAGAUUGGAAAUUUUAAACUUUAUUGUUUUUCAACUAAAUCUGUGUACAACGUUAUCGCUAAUCGAUACCAUAAAAUAAAUAUUAAAUGGAAUACAAAAAUUUGUAAAGCAUUCAAAUAUAUCUUUAUUAUUUUCAGUUUGAAAAAGAAUAGCCUUGAGACUACUGUCCAAGCUGCGGAGAUGUCAAUUGGUGGAAAAGAAAGUAAAUCGUCUUCCUUAUCUUCUAUUCUUCAACCUGACCCAGAGGAUUCAAAUCUAGGAGAUAAAGAUGAUUAUUCUUAUCAUUCAAACUCAUCCCGACCUCAUUCACCAGUUCCAUCAUCUCACUCAUCCCACCCCCCUUCUCAUCCCACAUCCUCAACCCCUCCAUCCCCAAUCCAACAGCGCUCAGCCUCUUUAUCCUCUUUUUCGUCCUCAAGUUCAGACGAGGAUAUCCAGGUAUUAGAGGAUAUACCAAGUUCACCCAGCCCAACACCACCAAGAUCCGUGGAUAAAAAAUACAGCACUCUUAGGUCUAUCAAGUCACUUAAAUCUUCACUCUCUUUUAGAGAUCCAUCGGGAAAGUUCAAACUAUUCUCUAAAUCUAGCAGCCAGGAAAAGAAGUCAAAACCUGACUUAGAAACUCAAAAACAAGAAAAGACAGACAUAGAAUCGAGGAACUCUGAUGAUUAUGAUUCAGAAGAUGACUCUUUUGAAGAUACAGAUAAUGAUUACAGAGAUGAUCAUGAUAAAAAUAAAAAUAAUGAUGAUAACGAAUCUGAUGAUGAUGAUUAUGAUGAUGAUGAGCAUAAAGUUGUACAUAAAGAUGAGUAUAAGGACGAGAGAGAGUCCAGCUCCCAGGAUGAUGAUUUCGAUUCAGAUGAAGCUUUGGAUGAUUUUGAAACGUAUUCAAAGGUCACAAGAAUCAAACCAAAGGCAAGUUCUAGCUUUAACUCAACUGACAAGAGUACAAGAUCUGACUCUAGAUCUUCUAACACAAGAUCAAGAUCAAAUUCCGACAAGAGAACAAGAGUAGACUCAAGAUUAUCAGACAAAGAGACCCAAGAAUAUUCAAGAAUAUCAGAGUACAAGGCCAGAAAGGACUCUAACAAGAGGACAAUAGAAGGCUCAAGAUUGUCUGAUACUAGACGUUAUUUAGACAAGAACACAAGACCGGAUUCAAGACUUUCCUCUCAGGGUUCAAGAUCAGGAUCAGAAAGCAGAACAAAAGUGAACCAUAGGAAAACAAGAUCGGAAUUAGAAAGUAGGACAAGACCAGAUUAUGAUCAAAGAUCAGGAUCAGAUAGAAGAUCCAAAUCAGAUCAUAAUCAAACAAGAGCAGAAACAGAGAGAUUAACAAGAGAAGAUUACGAAUACACAAGAUCAGGCAGUCGGACAAGAUCAGGUUCUGAGAUCAAAACAAGAUUAGACUCUAGAGCAAUUGAUGUUUAUCAAACUCUACCUGGUUCAACUGAAAGACAAGAUUUUAAUAAAAGAUCUAAAUUAAGCAAGACCAAUUACUCACAAGAAAAGUUAAGUUCUGAGGAUUUAGCACCUGUUGUAACUAAAGAGCCUGAAAGAAAGGAUGUCUGGCGGGAGCGUAAAAUUAUAAUAGAUGAACAAACUGAGCUGAAUUCCGAUCACGGGUUAAAGGAAGACGACCUCCCAGAAACUGAGAUUAAAUCUGAAACUUUUGGCGUGGGUCGACUCAAAAGUACGUUUAGCUCCGUUCUAGGCAGAAUAUCUAGACAGAAAUCCACUGGUUCAGAAUCUAGCUCUGUGUCAAAAAGUCUUUCUGGAACUUUGGAAAGGAAGUUUAAGACUGUUAGUAAUGUUUCUUUGAACCAGACUAUCCUAGAUUUUCCAAGAAAGAAGACAUUUAUAUUUUUCUCGAAACAGGGGGAUCAAGGAAUUAAUGUUACGGACGAUGACGAUCUAAAUGUUCCUUUAAAGGGCGAGAAAAAACUAAAAAAGUCCAGUCACAUAUCAAUCAGGGAAAAGUUUGAUUCGCUUACUGGGACUUUGCGCCGGAAGAAAAAAAAGAAGAGCAAGAUUGAGGAGAUACCAAUGUUUGUUUGGGUGAAUAAACCAUGGUUUUCUUCCGUAGAAUCCAUGCAGUCUAUAGACUCUCAACAUUUAGAAGAUGCUAGUAAAUCGGUACAACAACAACAACAACAACAUGACAAAAAACAAAAGCAGAAAAAGGAAUUGUCGUCGUCCAAAAAUCAAAAUCAAAGAAAGCCUUCAAAACAAAAGUCAGAAAAUAAAUCAGAGAACAGUAGACCUUCCAGUGUAAAUCGUAGCAAGAGAAGGCAUAAUUCAGAAACAUACGGUCAACAUCCAAACAGAAUUGAAGAAGUGGAGAAACUAUCACAUAGAACAAGGUCUUUAGGGAAAAGUUCGCUCGGCCCUCAGAGAAUGCGAAUAGAAGAUCCAAGAGAGGAUUAUCUAGAUUUUGCUGCAGUGCAAAAGAAAGAAAAAAAUAAUAAGAUAGGAAACGGGAAAAAUAAGAAUCGAAAUAAGUGAAAUCAACCAUGAGAAUAAUAUGGUCUGUUGAUUUUUUAUAUUGUGAUGUUGCAAUGUAUUUUUAAGCAAAGCCCUUUUAUAAAAAUAUUUAAAGAUUGAACCAGUUGUUUCAUAUUAUUUCGAAAUUUCAUUUUAUUUAA